AUGUCUGGGUCUCUCUCUCUCCUCCUUUCCUCAACCUCGAGUCUCAACUGGGGGCGAGGGUACCUUCCUCAGAGACGCCUCACUUCCCCUCUUCAUCCGACCUCUUUCCGACUCCCCUCUCUGAGGGCUACGGCCGGCCAGUUCCCGCAGGGGUUUCCAUCUCGCAGGGCGGCGCGGUUCCCUCUGAGUGCCGCCAGCGAUGGAGGGAUACAGGCGGAGGAAAGUUCUUCGGCUGCUAGCGAUGAGGUCGCAGAGGCGCGGGGGCGGAGCACGCUGCCGGAAAGGUUCCGCAACCUUAACAAGGAGACUCCCGACCGCCCCUUGAGAUGGCCAUGGCUUGUCGGUACGUGAUUUGGUGGCCAUGGUUUGCCUGAGAAAGGAGGAUUUCUCUCCUUCUCGAAUCAAGUUUUGAUACAAAUUAUUCCGUAGAUUCGAUAAAUUCCGGAGACUGUUUCACCCCUUCCAGUCGGAUUCCUGCAUUUCUGAAAUUAUUUCUCAGGGUGGAGCACUAUAUAAAUUACCGAUUUAUGGGAGAAUUCGUUGAGAUCUGUCUGAGCAUUGGAUUCUAUGGAUGAUGCUAAUUUCGUGAUGACUCCAACCACAUUGAUCUCAUGCAAAAUAUCCGAAGCAUAAGAAGAAUGAAGGAUUUAUCGGAACAUUAGAAACAGAUUAAUAGAAAUAAGAAGCUAAGGAUGAAAAAUUUUGUGGUAGGAAAUGGUCAGCAGUGGUAAGAAAGAGCAGCUCCACUUAUCACCACUCCACUUGAACUGCCAUUGAUUGUCGUCAUUGUUGCCUUGGUCCAAUUCUCUGCCGCUGCUUAACCUGCUGAAGAUUAAGAGAUCCAACACCUGAUUUUGUGCUUAUCUUGACCAGGAACUAAACCAGUUUGGUCGCUUCUGGCCAUACCAGUUUCCAUUAUGGUUGAUCGAAGGGUCUCCAGAUUCCCUUCCUAUGCACUAACUGCCAUGAAAGUGGAUCAUUACCAGCUUUUUCUCUCGGACGUUUCCCUGUUCCCUUGCCUGUGUACUCUCUGUUGUGUGCAGUGGCAUAGAGCUCAGAAGCGUUGACUAAAUUAGAUUCCUACUCAGGAUUGUUGAGGUUGACUUCAGGUGAGUAGCACAGGAAGGUUGGGAACUUAAUUAUCACUCCUAGUGAUUAAGAGAGAAUAUCAUUCUUUGAUAUCCCUUGUUGUGUUGACUUUUGGUGAGCCUCAUCGUUUAUUCUGGGAGUUUACUUCCCAACCAUUUCCCUCUCCACAGAGAAUUGUCAUCAUUGUUGCCUUGGUCCUUUUGCCAGUUAUUUCCAAUUUAAUCGCCUGGAGCCAAGCGACCUAUUUUGGAAGUUGUUAUCUUUUUCAGUAAAAAUUUUAAUUAAAAAAUACUUUUUUCUCAUAAAUGUGGAUCAUUGGGCCUGUUUGGCGUGGCAGCAAAAACUUUUUCGUUCGACAAUAAUCGAUUUUCCUUCGUUUCCUUCAAAGGAAAACUGGGCUUCUGUGGUUCCAGAGCCGUGUAUAUGGCGGAGGUGCCAAUCGAUUCGGGGAAGAUUCGUCCCUUUGCAAGUGUCGUUGACCUGUGAGGAUUAACUGGGGGGUUUUCACUGAUAUUUGAUUGAAUUAUGUUCAGCAAAGCAACAUAGCUUACUUACUUUAAUGGGUUAUUUUCUAGCACUAGCUCUCCGUUUCAGGUUGAAUUAUUUUCUUUUUAUUUUAGUACACUGUUUUAGGUUGACUUAUUUGCUUUCAAUGAAACAAGGAGAAGUCAACUGAAUGUGUCAUUUUUUUUAGUAAAAUCUGGUUUGGAAUCUGCAUCUUUCUUACCCAGCUAAAACAAAUUGAUGCGCUGCAGCUCUGGGUUUCCUUGCGUACGCCUGGCGAGCGGUGCUGUGGGAGCUCUCCAACUGGAGGAACGCAGCCGCCGCCGUCGUUGGCUCCGCCGGCUACCUCUCCAAGCUCCUCUUCGGUCUCCUCUACCGCCUCAUCGGCCCGCCGAUCACCGCCAUCCUGUGGUGUGUUGACUUCGCCCUCAACCUCACCCGGACAGCGUACUCAAGCGUGGUAGCUGCGGCCCCCGUGGCGGAGCUCCUCUGGAUCAUCGCCCUCACAUCGGCGGUGAUGGCCGCUGCAGAAGCCGCCUCCCCGGGCUCGGUCAACGGCCAGCGGCACCUCCUCACCGCCGCCGGCGUGCUUGGCUAUGCCGCCGUCGGAGGGACAAUCACCGGGCUGCUCUUCUGGCCGCUCCUCGUUGGGGCCUUCUGCUUCUCGAGGUUCGUCCAGAAGAAGGACGCGGUGGAGGCGGCCCUGCCGCCGGCGGCACUGCUGGUCGCCGUCGGGGCGCCGUGGCUGAGGGCGGUGGCCAUGGCAGCGUUCCUGGGCCUCGCUGUACUGCAGAAUUCUAGGUCUCCGGCGGAGGAGGUGGCGGCAGGCGGCGACAGCGAGAGGGCGGCGGCGCCGGUCCCGUUGCGGCUGGCGGGGUUAGCCGUCGGCAUCCACCUGGCGGCCAGGUGGCUGCGUUAUCGGCACCUGACGUGGAUGAUUGUCUGA